AUGAAAUCAUCGUAUGAGUUCCCAGUUUGUGUUCUUCAAUGGACAGAUAGAUCAGAGGAGGGUAGGGCAAACUUGUUGGAAGUUGUUGAUGAGUUUCGGACGUUCGUUAGACCAACAUGGAGGUCAACACUAUCAGAUUUCUGUACGGAGCUGACAGGCAUCACUCAGGAACAAGUGGAUUCUGCACCAUUGUUUCCUGAAGUUUUGGUUAAUUUGGAGGCAUUCCUAGUAAAGAAUGGCCUAAUAGAGAAGGGCACACGCAAACGCCUAAAGCGGUUUUGUUGGUGCAGCGACGGUCCGUUCGAUAUCCGGGAUUUUGUCGUAAAACAAUGCUUCAUAUCCCAGGUUGAAAUGCCAUCGUGGGUGCAAGGAGAUGUUCUGGAUGUUCGUUCCGUAGUUCUGGAAUGGCUAAGCUCACAACCAGCCCUGCCCACUGAAGGAGGACUCCCUUUUGAGGGUCUAACCCGGCGCACGUUAAACAUAUCUGCGCAAUUGAAUGUGCUUAGUUUGCCGAAGUUUGAAGGUCGACAACAUAGUGGCAUAGACGAUACCCGUAACAUCGCGAAGAUUGUGACCGAACUUGCUCGUCGGGAUGUGUGCUUGCUGCCGAAUACCGCCAUAAAUCCAGGUAGGAGAUGGCGUUGGAUGGGAAAGCACGGACAGGUUUUGGAGGAGUUUUUGACUUGA